AUGCCCAAAACCGGCCGCAACAUCUGCGUCACGUCCGUGGACGGACAGACGGGCUACCUGAUCGCGGAGCUGAUCCUGACCGACGAGACCUUCUCGUCCAAAGCCGACAGCAUUAUCGGACUCUCGUUCGACGCCAAGUCGGAAAAGGCGGCCGAGCUGGAGUCUCUUGGCGCCGUCAUUGUGGAGCACCAGCCCGGCUCGGGCGUCGACGACCUGGUCGCGACGCUCAAGAAGUCCAAGUGCGACACCAUCUGCCUUGUGCCGCCCGCCCGCUCCGACAAGCUUGCCAUCUGCACCGAGCUCGUCGAGGCCGCCCGCGCCGCCGGCGUCAGCAACGCCCUGCUCAUCAGCUCCGCCGGCGCUGACUACGCUGAGCGCGAGACCCAGCCCCGCCUGCGUGAGUUUAUUGACAUCGAGGCCCUCGUCCUCGACAACAAGGGAGAUCCCAACAAUGCGUUGGCGCACUCGCCCUGCGUGAUCCGUGCCGGUUUCUACGCUGAGAACCUCCUCGUGUACGCUCCUCAGGCCUCGACCGAGGGUGUACUCCCGAUUCCCAUCGGCGAGAACCACAAGUUUGCGCCAGUCGCUCUCGGUGAUGUCGCUCAAGUCGCAGCCCACGUCCUGACCGGCAAGGGCGAGCACGGCUUCGAUGACCGCCACCGCGGCCAGAUGAUGGUGGUCACGGGACCCAUGCUCGCCAGCGGCAAGGAGCUCGCGACCGCGGCGAGCAAGGGCGUCGGCUCGCAGCUGCAAUUCCAAGACAUUCGCCAGCUUGAGGCCAAGGUUGUGCUCCGCAACCAGUCUGAGGCCGACGAGUCGGAGCUCGAGUACAUCCUCGAGUACUACAGCCUGGUGCGCGAGGGCAAGACCAACUACAUCUCCACCUCGGCCUUCCACUACGUCACCGGCGGCCACCCGACCGAGCUGGACACCAUCUUUGAGAUGUACGCCGGCGAGCUGAGGCCGCAGAAGAAGCGCCGCACUGGUGCUGCGUCCAAGUAA